ACGCGGAAGCCCGGGCGAGAUGGGCGCGCCGGGCCGGGUCCUGCUGUGGCUGCAGCUCUGCGCGCUGACGCGGGCCGCCUACAAAUUCUGGGUCCCCAACACCGACUUCAACGCCGCCGCCAACUGGAGCCAGAACCGGACCCCGUGCGCGGGCGCCGCCGUCGAGUUCCCCGCGGACAAGAUGGUGUCAGUCCUGGUGCGAGAAGGUCACAGCAUCUCGGACAUGCUCUUGCCGCUGGACGGGGAAUUCGUCCUGGCCUCAGGAGCUGGAUUCAGCGCCCUGGACGCCGGCUCGCACCUGGACUGUAGCACAGGCGACCCCGCGCUCUUCCGCGACCCCGACCGCUUCUGCUGGCACGACCCGCGCCUGUGGCGCUCCGGAGACGCGGCACACGGUCUCUUCUCCGUGGACGCCGAGCGCGUGCCCUGCAGCCACGACGACGUCGUCUUCCCGUCCGACGCCUCCUUCCGGGUGGGUCUCGGCCCGGGCGCCGGCCCGGUGCGCGUCCGCAGCGUCCGGGCCCUGGGCCAGACGUUCACGCGCGACGAGGACCUGGCUGCUUUCCUGGCGUCCCGCGCGGGCCGCCUGCGCUUCCACGGGCCGGGCGCGCUGAGCGUGGGCCCCGAGGCCUGCGCGGACCAGUCGGGCUGCGUCUGCGGCCACGCCGAGGUGCAGCCGUGGAUCUGCGCAGCACUGCUCCAGCCCCUGGGUGGCCGCUGCCCCCAGGCUGCCUGCCGAGAUCCCCUCCGGCCCGAAGGGCAGUGCUGCGACCUCUGCGGAGCCAUCGUAUCGCUGACCCAUGGCCCGGCCUUUGACCUGCAGCGGUACCGGGCGCGGCUGCUGCACGCCUUCCUGGCCCUGCCCCAAUAUCAGGGGCUGCAAAUGGCCGUGUCCAAGGUUCCGCGCCAGCCCCGGCUCCGCGAAGCCUCAGGCGCGAAGGCGGACACGGAGAUCCAGGUGGUGCUGGUGGAGACCGGGCCCGAGACCGGCGGCGCGGGGCGCCUAGCCCGGGCCCUCCUGGCGGACAUCGCGGAGCACGGCGAAGCCCUCGGGGUCCUAUCGGCGACCGCUCGAGAGUCGGGCGCGCCCGUUGGGGGCGGCUCGGCGGCGGGCCUGAACGCGCCGGGGCCGCGCGCGGGGCUGGCGGGCGGCCUGGCGGCCGCGCUGCUCCUAUCACUACUGGCGCUGCUGGCGGGGGCGCUGCUGCGCUGCCGCGCGGGGAGGCUCAGGUGGAGGAGGCGCGACGAGGCGGACCCCGCGCCGGCUGGGGCGCCCCUGGGCUUCCACAACCCUGUGUUCUACGCGGCGGGCCCGGCGGAGGCGCUCCCCGCCCCGCAGCCGGACGUCGGGAGCUCCAGCCGCAGCUACUUCGUUAAUCCGCUCUUUGGCGAAGCCGAGGCCGAGGCCGAGGCCUGAGCGGCCGCGGAACCAGCCCCCGCCGCCCCGCCGGCGUCGCAGGCCCUGCGGGAUACCCCACCCUCCGCUGGCCAAGGUCAGGGUGGCCUUGCUCAAUAAAGGGCUUUCCUGCACCU